UCCAAUCAGGAAGCUUCACAGCUCACAGCUGGAAGCUACAUGGGUAGCCUAGCGUGCCGCCAUCGCUAAGACGAGAUAGCUUCGUAGGAUGAAGUUAUGGAGGAGCGGAAGCUGAAGCGUAAGAGUCCCCGGACCUCCACCAACUCGGCGGCCCAGAUCGGAGGCUCAAGCCGGAAGAGUAACGCUGCCUCCGGGGGAAGGCAUGUGGGCUACAGCCACAACACGGGCGGCAUGUCCGGCCAGAAAAACAGGAGCAGGAGGGGCAUGAAAGAUAAAGUGAGAUAUCCACAGGGCUUAGGAGGUAAACUGAAUCAGAACCAGGGCCAGGCAGCUCCCAUCGUCCAGCACUCAUUUCUGACUGAUGUCUCAGACGUGCAAGAGAUGGAAAACGGUCUGCUCAGCCUCCUCAACGACUUCCACUCAGGGAAACUACAAGCUUUUGGCAAUGAGUGCUCCAUCGAUCAGAUGGAGCAUGUCAGAGAGAUGCAGGAGAAGCUGGCACGAUUGCACUUUGACCUUUAUGGUGAGGUUGAUGAAAUGCCUGAGGAUCAGAGGAAAAUGGCCUCAGACACAAACAUGGACAGGCUACUUCUUAAUCUUGAGGAGCUGAGUUCUUCCAUACAGAAGCUGAAUCUCGCAGAGAGUCAGGAAAUCCUGAAGACGGCAAACGUGUGAUGAUCUGCUUUUCCUGCACCUCUCCUGAAAUCACAUCUAGGCAGAGUUUUCUUUCUGGCUCGUUCUCGGCUUUACCUCGGGUUGAAUGUGGUUUCAGAUUAUCUUCACUGGAUCCAUCGGGUGUCAAUCAGGAUUCUCUGUGUUUUCUUCUGGAACUGUUAGACACAGGAUGAGGACAGAUAGAUCUUAGGUUUGAUCAAACUUUAGAACACUUUAAGACUUUAAAACAUAUUUUUAAUGCUUUUUAAGAUGUUAUCUUGUUCAAUAUGCACCAGGUUAUGGAGUGAAAUUUGUUCCAAAUGUUGUUGCAAGCAACAAACAAAAGAAAUGCAUUUCAGAAAUUUAACCUUUAUAAAUUGUGUUGAUCAAAGUAAGGUUGUAACAGUAACAUUGCUUUUUUGCCAAUUUUAUUUUGUUUAACAUAACAAUUUUUAUUGUAUUUUUUUCCAUAUUUAAUUUUUUUUUUCUAAUUUUUAGGCUGAGUGUUACAAAUUACGUUUUUUUUGCAUUGUACAGAUCACAUUCUUCUGGGGGCAGAUUUUCUCUGGAUUAAGAUGCAAGAAGCUUUUCUAUUGGUCUGCUGAAUGUUAGCAACAUUUUUAUUGGUCAAAAGCAAAGAGAAUGUGAUCUGUUUAACGCAAUUUUAAAAUAAUAUAGUUGUAAAUUGGAAAAAAAAAUAAUUUUGAUAUAAAUUCAGAAUUAUUGUCACAAUAAAAUAAAAGUUACUCUCAAUUUCUUUUUUUUUAUUCAAAGUUUCAUUUUUGGAUUAAUUUUUUUUUUUUUCUCAAGUUUCUUUUGACAAAAUUUGUUUUUUUGCAACAAUCUUGGAACCUAAUUCACUCCAUACCGACUGCUGAAUUCUUAACAUAGAACUGUUUACCUUUUACUUGCAGCUUUGAGUUACAGCAGAGGAAUAACGUUCAUAUAUAAAAAUCUUUGUUGCACAGCCUGGCAGGAGAUCCAGCUGCUGCCUUUCAGUGUUCACUUCAUUUGCACAUCUUGUGAAACAUGCAACCCACUGAGCGUGUCGUCAGCAGGGGGUCGGUUUGAUGCUACAAAAACACAAAUCCAGAUGUUUUAAUCACAUCCAUGCCUUAUUAAUUGGUUUGAUUGUUUAAUCAUAUUUGCCUUUUUAGUUCAGAUUUAUUUGAUGACUUUAUAUUUUCUGAUGUCAAGUUUUUGAAUCUAAGUUGGAGGAAAAUCUAAUUAUUUGAAUGGAAUUUAUUUUUUAUGUCUGAUUUUCACCACUGAAGGGGAGGAGGGUUACUUCUUAACCUGCUGCUUGAUUUCAAUUCUAUGUUGAUUAAACAAAUAUUGUGCAUUUAACUUCCUUUGUCAUAUGUGUCUAUUUUGUGUACAU